CUUGUCAAAAGGGGCGACGACGACAGUGUUAUGUGAUGGAAAAUACAAACAAACUUCAUCAUUGAAGAAGCGUCACAAUAUAAUUUUAUCAUGGAAUCGCAUCCGCUUAAUUUGGCUCAUCAACAGCAUCGACGGGCUGAUGCACAUCUUAUAAACAACAGGUAUGAUGAAGCUAUGCAGUGCCAUAACAACGCAGCUGAACUACUUUUAGACGCUAUGAAAUCUACUACGUCUUCUAUCGCCUUAGAGUCUAUCACAUUACAACAUAGUUACCAUCUCAAACAAAAGGAUUUAAUAAAGAGCAAGAAAGAACAAUAUCUUCGAGUUAAGAAAGCAAUGGAGAAUUUAAAAAUCUUAGGCAAAGAUCCUUUACAAAACCUACAAGGACACGAACAUUCUAAAGUCCAGGUUGCUAUUUAUAGAGCAAUAAAUGAAACUGACUCUCUAUUACAAAUGCUGUCCAAUAAAAAUGAUGACAUCAAUGCAAAGGAAAUAGCUAUCAGAGAUGCUGUAGAUGGUAAGAAAAAGGAGAAAACUCAGCAAGACGUUGUAGAAGAGCUUCAAACAUUGAGCCAAAAUCUACAUUCAUUAGUAGAACAGUUAGUAUUUCAAGUGGAAGUAUUAAAAGAUGAAAAUAUGACAUUGAAAGAGAGAGUAAGCUAUUUAGAAAAAGAAAGAACUAAAUAUCUUAACUUGCCUUCUUCAUAUGAUUUGAAUAAUAGAAAUAACUCAUUAAAUAUUGCUAAUGAGGGAUUUUCUAAGGACUCUGCUCAAAAAUUACCUAUUGUACCUGAAAAAAUUACUAAUCGGCCUAGCCACUUUGAUUUGAACGCUUUAAGAAAUGACUGAGAUACCAUACUUGAAUUAACUUAUUUGUGAUAAUGUUAGUAAGUGAAAGUCUUUCAUUUGAUAUCAAACAUGACCUUUUUUCUACAAGUAUUAUUAUGUACUGCACUUACCAAAAGUAUGGUUUUGUACAUGCUUACAGUGUGUGCUUAUGGAAUUCUAUGAAUCAAAUUCUGUAAGUAAUAGCCGAAGAAUUAGUUCUGCACUUUCGUCAUAUGAUGUGGGGAUAACUUAGGUAUAAUAGUUAAGCAGAUAAUUAAAUAACAGAUUAAUCUAGUUAUCUAUUUUGAGCCAGGCCUUUGGAGUUGUAAUAUAUUGUAUUAUUUCAUGUUGUGGUCUUAUUUUUAAAUUUAUAUUGAAUAUCAUCAUUAUCUUUUUUUGUAAACAUUUCAUUAAGUAUUUAUUUAUUUUCUCCGGCAAAUGGUUGUAAAGUUGAUAAAAAAGCCUACAUUGUAUCCUGUUGUCUUAUCUAAUGCAUUGUUUUCUCUCUUCAAUGUUGUGUGUAGACUUGUGCAAUCUUAAUUGCUUCUUUGGAUUGUGCUUAAAGGUACAAUUCUGUAAUGGGCUGCAGGUGACAACCGCAGGCGACACUGCAGCUGACCGUGCAUCAUAUGCAUUGUACAGCUGCGGCAUGUUGCCGCGCUCGGAAUCAAUUUCAUAGAGAUUCAUAGAAACUUGUACCUUAAACCACUUCAGCUGGUAACUUGUACUAGGCUUUAAUUACCAUAUUACCUACUGAAAUACUACAUGUUCUAAACAUUGUGCAUCGUAUUUAUUUUUAUUACCUAUGUUAGA